UUUCUCUCGUCUCUAAAAAGAAAAAAAUUAUUUACCAUACAACAAACGAAAGCGAACGCACGAAACAUGAAUAAAUAACUUUUAUUUUUGUUGUUGUUGCUAAAGUGUACAAAAUAAAAACAACAUAAUUCAUCAUCAUUAGUGUUUAGUUGGCAAAGUUACCUCAUAGCACAUCAAAUCAUUCUAUAAAUUCAUCAAAGUCAAGCGCCACCAUGAAUGGCCGUUCAAUUCGUAUAAAUCGAAUGCCAGCUCUUAUUCUGGCAUUCAUUGUUGUCUGUGGAAUUAUAUACACUUUAAAUGUCCUAUCGGAAGAUAAACCCUUGUAUGGGAUGCUCCGGAAUACAAAUCAGGUCAAUAUGCGAAAGUUACUUAUCGGUUCAAUACAAGCUGCACAACGAGGCGGUCUUGAAAUUCUGGAUGUUGCUCACUCGAGAGACCUACAACAAAAGAGCAAAGGAAAGACACUGGAAGGUGUUGAUGAUCCCUAUACUCAAGCUGAUGCUAGAUCACAUUGCAUCAUGAAAGGUGGGAUGCAUAGGAUAUUCCCUAAAUUGAAUAUUGUCUCCGAAGAGGAUAAGGAAGGUUGCUUGGAAUCGGGAAUCUUCGAACUGGAUCCUACCGUCCUCCAUGAAACUGCCAUCACACCUGAUGAACUUGUAGAUGUUAAGGAUAUUACCGUGUGGAUAGAUCCACUAGAUGCAACCAAGGAAUUCACAGAAAAGCUAUACAAAUAUGUGACUACUAUGGUGUGUGUUGCUGUAAAAGGUGUUCCUGUAAUUGGUGUUAUUCACAGCCCGUUCACGGGCAAGACUUCUUGGGCAUGGCAAGAAAAGUCUGUCUCCGAAGAUUUAGCAAAUCUUAAAAAGGAACAUACUCUUACAAAACACCCAAUAAUCACAGUCUCCAGGUCGCAUGCGGGUGAUGUUAAGAACAUUUCCAAAGAAGUUUUCGGAGAGAAUUCAAAUAUCCUCAUAGCUGCAGGAGCUGGCUACAAAGUUCUCCAAGUUGUAGCAAAUAACGCCACAGCAUACUUGCACUCGACGCGCAUUAAGAAAUGGGAUAUUUGUGCUGGCAACGCCAUUUUAAAUGCGUUAGGUGGCAAAAUGACAACAUGGACUAAUGAAGAAAUUAACUAUGCAGAUGGUAGUGAUGCAAUUAAUGAUAAGGGUCUACUAGCAGCACUCACAAAUCAUGAUGUUUAUAUUGCCAAGAUGCUUGAGAGGCACAAUAAAAUCCAAAGAUAAUUGAUUUUUUUUUAAAUGUUUAUUUUUUUAAAAACAAAACAAAUCAAAAAUGUAUGUAAGUACUUAAGAUGUUUAAGUUAUAAUUUUAAGAAAAAUCAAAAGAUAACAAUUAAGGACUGAUGCAUUUGAACAUAACACUGUUACUAUUUAGCAUGACUAAAAAUACGAAGAUCAAUUGAUUUAUUUGAACAAACUUUUCUUUAAUAAAAAGAAGAUAAAUUUAGAUGAAUUAUUUUUUAAUUAAUUUCUUUAAUAAAUGUGAAUUUAUAAGAAAAA